CGCGCUCUGACUCGCAGCCGUUGCCUAGGAGCGCCGGAGAGCGCAGUCAUGUUCCCCAAAGGGAAAAGCGCGGCGGUGCCGUCGGACGGUCAAGCUCGGGAAAAGUUGGCGUUAUAUGUCUACGAGUACCUGUUACACGUCGGAGCUCAGAAAUCAGCACAGACCUUCUUAUCAGAGAUCAGAUGGGAAAAGAACAUAACGCUGGGAGAACCUCCAGGCUUUCUGCACUCGUGGUGGUGUGUGUUCUGGGACCUGUAUUGUGCUGCGCCAGAAAGAAGGGACAACUGCGAACACUCCAGUGAAGCCAAGGCUUUCCAUGACUACAGUGCAGCAGCAGCUCCGAGCCCUGUUCUGGGCAACCUGCCACCCGGAGAUGGCAUGCCAGGUGGACCAAUGCCCCCCGGAUUCUUCCAGGGUCCGGCAGGCUCACAGGCUUCUCCUCACUCACAGCCUCCACCUAACGCUAACAUAAUGGGAGCUCACGGACAGCCGUUUAUGUCCCCGCGUUACACAGGAGGACCUCGGCCCCCCAUCAGGAUGAGUAACCAGCCUCAGGGAGGACAGCCUUUACCUCCGAACGUAAUAGACCCCACACGGCCUCCAGGCCAUCCGAAUCUGGGACCCAUGCAGAGGAUGAGCAUGCCCCGAGGGAUGGCACCGAUGGGACCCGGACCACAGUCUGAUCCAUGGUUAUCACUGCAGAACUACGGGAGUGGGAUGAGACCUCCGAACUCCAUGGGCCCCAACAUGCCAGGAGUUAACAUGGGUCCAGGAACCGGUAGGCCGUGGCCUAAUCCUAAUAACACCAACACGAUCCCGUAUUCUUCUUCAUCUCCGGGCACAUACGUGGGUCCACCUGGAGGCGCAGGAGGAGGCUGUCCUCCAGGAACUCCCAUCAUGCCAAGUCCAGCAGAUUCGACUAAUUCUGGUGAGAAUCUGUACACAAUGAUAAACUCAGUGCCACCAGGAGGGAACAGGUCCAGCUUCCCGUUAGGUCCAGACGGCCCCAUGGGAGGGAUGGAGCCUCACCACAUGAACGGCUCGUUAGGCUCGGGGGACAUAGACGGGCUUCCUAAGAAUUCUCCGAAUAACCUGAGCAGUCUGAGUAACCCGCCCGGCACGCCGAGGGACGACGGCGAUUUAGGAGGGAACUUCCUGCACACUUUCCAAAACGAGAACAGAGGGAGAGAGGCAGACGGCGAAAGAAAAAAGAAUGAGAGAGAGAGAGAGAGAGAUACACAGACAGAAAGCGACAGACGGCGAAAAACAGAUAAAGAGAGAGAGAGAAAAAACACGGAAAGAAAGACAGAAACAGACAGUGAGAGAGAGAGAGACAGACAAAGAAAGACAAGUAUUCCCCAACCAUGACCAUGAGCGUCUGAUCUGCGUCCGCGUGUCCGAUCUUCAGCGUGUCCGAGCGCCCGCGGCGGCUCGGCGACACACCGAGAAAAUCUGCACACAACCAGAGAGUGACUUCAGUCUCCCAGCAGCGAGACGUCCAUCAGAAACACAGUCCUGGAUGUCCAGCGUGACGCGUCCCAUCACCGUCUCCACCACUUCACCACCCGCUCCUCUCCUCCACCCGCUCCUCUCGGCUCAGCGCUCCUCUCCUCCACACUCGUGUUUAUAUUUUAUCAUACUAUUAUUUAUCAUCCUUUAUCGGAAAAUCCGAAGACGUGUCCGUCACCGUGCUGGAUCUCUCUGGACGCCAUUUUAGGACAGUGGACCAAAACAACGACAACCAAAAAAAAAAACCUCCCGAGAAACUGAAACGAAAGAAAUCGACGCGUAACGUUCCCGCAGAGCGGUUUCAGCACGCCGCAUAGACGUCCAAAUAACCCGGAUCAUUUCCACACGGGACGCUCGGAGAACUUUCUGGAAACACGCUCCCUGUAAUCCUUCUUCAAACUUUACGUCUUUCUGCAUUUUAGAUUUUUAUAGUAAUUAUUCUCGACUUUUAUAGAGCUUUCCUAUUCGGCAUGCGAUCGGCUCGGCUCGGGUAUUUAUUUCGCAGACGGCGUCUCGGCGCGUCUCGCCACGAAGGUUAGGCAUCGACGUUUUUACAAUUUUGACUAUUUUUCCCCCUGACGCUCGCUUUUCUAACGAGUUCUUUAUCGCACACGUCGGACUAGAGUCGCCCUUCGUUAGGUCUCGUCUCGGAUCCGUCGGAUUAUUGUUUUCUCUCCGUGUUCAGGAUAUAAUCUGACACGACUCGCCGUGCGCUCCUAACUCGGGAACAAAGCAGCUGUGCUUUUUUUUUUCCUUCUUCUUCUUCUUCUUUAUAUAUAUUCAGACUGUCAACUUCCCCCCCCCACUUUAACCCUUUCCUGCCACAAAACCAGGAAAAACCCCUACAGUCUGAACACCACGGAAAGCCGUCGUUCUAUCAUUUUCACUAGUGAGGUUAUUUUUUUUUACUUGUAAAAAUCCCAGGUGCAUUUCCACAUCACAUUUGAACAGAUGUCUCAAAUCAAAUUGUUUACUAGCCAACGCUCAAGACGUGCGGCGUUUUCGAAAUACCGCUGUAGAUAUCCAACCGAUUUCCCAACAGUGAAGACUGGAUUCACGUCAGAUCUGUUCCGUACAACGUAAAAUUCCUCCUGGUGAAAUGACCUGAAAUAACAUAUUAAAUCCAAGUUCUUUAUUAGAAAAAGUUCAAUUAUGAACUACUAUUAAAAGCUGAAACGGCUUUCCGUAACCAGGGAAAAUUUCUAUAAUAUAGUUUAAUUUAUCUGUGGUUUCCUCUCGUAAGGAAUUAUUAUUAUUAUUAUUAUUAUUAUUAUUAUUAUUAAAUAAUUCUAGACAUUUUUACUCAUUUCAAGUUUGUCUUGUUCUACUGGAGAACCGAUCGUUUUUCUAAUUCUGAGCAUGAAGUAUUUUUUUUUUAAACAGGUUGAUAUAUCAUUAUAUCUCAUUUAUAAUAAUCUCCUAGUAAGGAACAUUCGAGAAGUCGGCGCGUAUUCGAGACGUUUCCCCUGAAGACAUCGUCGUCGGUUUUUUUUUUCCGCCAUCGGUCGUGAAAGGUUUUCAACCGAGUUUUCUAAAUCUGUAACUAUAAACACCUUUAAAAGAAAUUCCUAAAACACAAGAACGUUUAAAAAUCGUACGGAUUCUCCGUUCACGUCCGAACGACGCGUACACGCGACGAGCGUCGUCUAAUACCGUUUAAUAUCCUGUAACGGGAAGCUCAUUAGCGUGACGAUAUUCACGCAAAUAAUAACAACGCGGACGUUUUCUGUUUGUUUUUUUUUACGUAAGGAAUAAAACACUCCGGUCGUGCUGGUCGAGGAAAACAAUCGACAGUACGGAGUCACGAGCCGACACGGAGCGUUUAAUUCCUCGUACGCCACGGCGAUUACGAUUAUUUAUUCGUUAAAGCGCGACACGAUGGUUUUUAUCCAUUUAUAGACGUAUUUAAUGAUGCGGGACGUCGAGAAACAAGUUCUCAAGUCGCGUCGUAUCUCAGGCUCCUCACCAGCCUGUGUUUUUAAAAAAGAUUAAAAAAUACAAGCAAAAACAGAAUAAAAAAAAAGCGUAAACUCCACUGACCUGAAAACAUUACAGCUUUACCGCCGACACUGGAGACGCCUUCCGAAAAUUGUUCGAUAAACCCUUACUCCUUACAGAAAACCGUCACGAACGCCAUCAAUGAUCAUCACACGUUUAUUCUUAAAGUUGUUGCUAUAGAAACGAGCGCAUUAACAUAAAUUUGCGUUACUGUCAGAGCUGGGGGUUUAAAGUUAGUUUUUUUCCCUCAUUAUUCUCUUCUCAGGAGAACAAACGUUUGUUCACGCCCCCGCCCCGCCCCCUACUGCCCCGCCCCCUACUGCCGAACUGAUCUCACCGCUUUUUCCUGCUCACGUUGUUUAAAAAGAACACCAGGCAGGCGAUGGCACGUUUAAAUCAGAGCUAUUUUGAUAACUUUGUUAAAAAGUCUUUUCUGAAACCCUUCUGUUUUACUGCGGAACGUCUCGGAUCUCCACUCUGGACACUCUCUCUCUCUCACACACACACACACACACACUCUCACGCGCGUGUACGUUUUGCUGUAUAAUAUUUUUCUGCUCUAAUGUUUAUUGUUUACAUUGUUCCUCAGAAAGCAAAGCUCUGCAGAAAUGACUGAUUAAAUUAUUUUACUGUCCAUGAAACUGAUAACGAAUGCAAAACUCCUUUCUGCCUCUUCUCAAAAUAAAGGUGUAUAAACAGA